CGGUUCGUUCCAGCACGGUGUCAGGGGCUCUCGGGCUGCGUUUCAGGGGCAACACCGGGGUGGAGGAAGCCUGUGAAAUGUACACCAGGGCUGCCAACAUGUUCAAGAUCGCCAAAAACUGGAGCGCCGCAGGAAACGCGUUCUGUCAGGCGGCCAAGCUGCACAUGCAGCUGCAGAGCAAACACGACUCGGCCACCAGCUUCGUGGACGCCGGGAACGCCUACAAAAAAGCAGACCCGCAAGAGGCCAUCAACUGCUUAAAUGCAGCUAUCUAUAUCUACACCGACAUGGCGAUCGCACACUACGAGCAGGCUGCAGACUAUUACAAAGGAGAGGAGUCUAACAGCUCAGCCAACAAGUGUCUGCUGAAGGUGGCUGCCUACGCCGCGCAGCUGGAGCAGUACCAGAAGGCGAUCGAAAUCUACGAGCAGGUCGGAACAAACACGAUGGAUAAUCCUUUGCUCAAGUAUAGCGCGAAAGAGUAUUUCUUCAAAGCCGCUCUGUGCCACUUCAUCGUGGAUGAGCUGAACGCGAAGCUUGCACUUGAGAAAUACGAAGAAAUGUUCCCAGCGUUCACGGAUUCACGGGAGUGCAAGCUAUUGAAAAAACUGCUGGAAGCCCACGAGGAGCAGAACUGCGAGGCAUACACCGAGGCAGUUAAAGAAUUCGAUUCAAUAUCGCGGCUGGAUCAGUGGCUUACAACCAUGUUGCUUCGCAUCAAAAAGUCAAUCCAAGGAGAAGGGGAUGGGGACCUGAAGUGAAUCGUUCGUGGUGUUUGUGGCAUGCAGCCUAAGUAAUCUGUUCUUGUGUUACAGCCGAGGACCACUGUGGGAUACGUGGUGAAAUAUCUAGCUUUAUUUUGUUGCUUCCGAAUCCAGUGACUUGUGUGUUUCUUUACUAUCCCGCUCUUUGUCGUGACAACGUGGGCAGAUGAGCAGCGAUGCUCUGGGUAUCACUGGCAGAUCGUUCCGAGGUGAAAGCAGCACUUCUGGCAGAAACCCUUUCUUGGUUUUGUUAGCUGUGAACCCAAAGUCGGCACUUCCAACUACUGUUUUUUCCCCGCUGUUCUGUCCUAAGGCUCGGUACCGUUGAUUCCAGCAUGUAGGUAUUUUGUCCACGCCAGUACAGUGCGAAUAAUUGCUUCUGAGCUGUCGCUGUAUCGUUACCGUUUUCUGUUUCUACAUGGACCUCUGUCAGAUACACGUGGACCUUGGUUUUGGGUUUGUUUGGGGUUUUUUUUGUUUUUAAAUGAUUGAGCUUUUUUAAUGGUGCUUUGAAAUGAAAGGCUUUGUGACUCUCGUAUACAGUAUGCAUGUGUGUGUAUACAUCCUAUACAGAUACAUGUGUGCACGUAUAAGUACGGAACAGACAACGACCUAGUGCUGAAAGCAUUACACGCGAGGGGACGGGACUGCUUAGAUGGGUGCCAGCCCUCCGGACAGUCGUCGCGAGUAGACCUGGUUAAUGGUGUAUUUUGUAUUUCAGAUCUAAAUAUAAAAUGUAAGGUUCUUCUAUAUUUUCUUGGAUCUAUUUUUCCACUUACUUUAUUUUGUGGUGCAUCCCAUCCCUCCUACCCCGAGGUGACUUGACCCAAGUAAUAAUCUAUUUUUCUAACUUUUC